AGAGGUCUCCAUACGACUAUAUCCAGUUUAGUAGUUUAUGAAAAUAAACUAAUUAUUAAUUGUUUUAUUUCUUCCGUCUAAAUAACCUUACAAUCAGCGAGUUUUUUUAGACCAGAGGGAGGAGAUGAAUUACGAAUUUGGGAGAGAAAGUGGUUUUAUCAACAGCCAGCCGUCGCUCGCUGAGUGCCUGACAUCUCUCACUAACCCUGUCGGUGAUGCAUUUCAAAGUUCAUCAAUCAAGAGCCCGGCGCUUUCACAGUCGACACUGAUUCCUCCUCCUUUUGAGCAGACCAUCCCCGGCCUGAACCCGGGAAGCCACCCACGACACAGCCGCGCAAAGCAUGCUCUGAAAGGCUGCAGCCCGCUGCAGGCUGCAUCCCUACCCCCGGAGUACCCGUGGAUGAAGGAGAAGAAAAGCAUCAAGAGAAACCAGACUGCUGCUGCUGCUGCUGCUGCUGCCUCUGCGACAACAACUGACUCCUCACCAAUCUACUUCUCCCCCCAAGGUUCACCAGAGACACCAGAGGGUGGUGUUGGCGGUGGAGGGGCAUCCCGGAGGCUGAGGACUGCGUACACCAACACCCAACUUCUGGAGCUGGAGAAGGAGUUUCAUUUUAACAAAUACCUCUGCAGACCGAGGCGAGUGGAAAUAGCAGCUUUACUGGAUUUAACGGAGAAGCAGGUGAAAGUGUGGUUUCAGAACAGGCGGAUGAAGCACAAGAGGCAGACCCACUGCAAGGAGAACCGGGACAGCGAGGGGAAGUACGCGUGUGUGGAUGACGGGCCGGAGGACGAGUUCGAGCAGGCGGAGGACGGAGGCGCAGCCGGGACUCUGCUGGAGCGGGAGAGGUAUUUCCCCCAAAAUACUUUGACUUCACAGUGUCAGAGCGGACACAAUGGGGACAACCAAAGUCCGACUGUUACUCCUUUGAACAGCAAUGACAAAAAUCUGAAACAUUUUCCAAACCUGGCGCCCACGGCUCCAGUGUGCGUGUCAACAAUAGGCCCAGACAAUGCUCCUUCCCCGGGCCUGGACGUGUCUUUGCAGGAUUUCCAAGUUUUCUCUUCGUCUUCCUCUUUCUCACCAAGUUUGUCAGAUUCAACACAAAGUCCUCUGCCUUUAGUAUCCGAAACAUUUGACCUUUUCUCAGAAACUCUCACAACAAUCGAUCUGCAAAACCUGAGUUAUUGAGACACUGCAACAGGCUAUAUUUGAUUUCAGACUCUGGUGUUGACUCUGUGUGUUCAGUUUUAACGAUG